AUGGCGCUGGGAUUCUUUCAACUGUUCAGCAUUAUCCUGCUAAUGGAUCCGGCCGAAGUGAUCACAGGACCUCCGCAGGCCAAGGAUCUGCCCGCCCAGAGUCUGGAUGAGUUCCGGCAGAAGUACCUGCUACCCCUGAUCUCCUCGGACACCAGAAACUGCAGUCUUAAUGCCUGCGAAUCGCUGGGGAUUGUGUCGCAGCUCCUGAUGCUCAUCAACUCGAUGCCCAAUGGAACGCAGACCACCUCAAAUGUGCAGAAGCCUUCCAAACAGAAGUCGAAUGGCCAUGGUAAUGGAGACAGUGGCAAUAGUGGCGAGGUAGAUGCCAUGUCCCAUUUGGCCAACUUCGAUCUGGUGAAGCGAGUACGGCAGAUCGAGAGUCGCCUGCGAUCCGUGGAGCAGCCCAUCUGGCACCUGGCCACUGGCAGCCAAAUCGAGUGGAACCACUGCACCUCGGGAGUGUGUCGCUGCAAUCCGGACACCAAGAGCUUCACCUGCUGGAACACGAAUCUCAAAUCGGUGCCAGUCACUCAGGUGAUACCCAUGAACAUGGUGAACAUAGAUCUCUCUCGGAACAUCCUGUCCACCCUUCACAAGGACACCUUUCGUGGACUCACAGUGCUCAGGGAGCUGGAUAUAUCCCACAAUGUGCUGGACUUCCUUCCCUUUGAUUUGUUCCAGGAUCUGGACAGUCUCUUGGUAUUGCGCAUUCAGAACAAUCAACUGGAGGACAUUGACCAUCGAACCUUUUGGAAGCUGCGCAAUUUGAAUAUUCUGGACCUGAACAAAAAUGAGCUUGGCAUGCUGCCCGAAUCCAUGUUCUACCAUGCCCAGAGACUCACCGUGAUAAAUAUGUGCGACAAUAAGAUCCAGAACUUUCCACCUAAUCUCCUAAGAGAUCAGUUGAUGUUGGAGGAACUGGAUAUGUCGCGGAAUAAAAUCACUGAAUUGAGUUCUGGUAGCAUACGAUUUCUGACCAAACUGAAGACCCUCGACUUUGGAUGGAAUCAAAUAUCCAAGAUAGAUGAUGACUUCUUUGUGGGUCUGAGAAGUCUGCGAACCCUUUCGCUGCACAACAAUCGCAUAUCAGCGCUUUCGGCCACCAUAUUCAAUAACCUGGCCAACUUGGUCACCCUCGAUUUGACCAUGAAUCGGAUAAGUCAUAUUGAUGGCCAUGCCUUUGUGGAGCUAAAUAACUUGCAGGAAUUGUUUUUGGGCCAGAACUCCAUGUCCAGCAUUCCGGCGGAUCUUUUCCUGAAUGUCAGUGCUCUCACUCGAUUGACACUCUUUUCCAAUAAUCUGACCACCUUGGAAGCUGAUGAUUUUCAGGGACUGAGUAACCUAAAGAUUUUGUUGCUCAACAAUAAUAUUCUCAAGAAUUUCGAUGCCAGCGCCUUUGAGCCUCUUAAACAACUGGAAAAACUCCGCAUUGACUCCAAUAAGCUGAUGUUCCUGCCCACUGGAGCUCUCCAUGGCCUGGAAAAGCUGGUGGCCGUCAAGCUGGACAAGAAUCCCUGGCACUGCGACUGCCGUGCUCUCUAUUUGGCCAGGUGGAUACGGGAGUUCGUGCUGAAGCUCUGGGAUGGCCAGCAGCCCAUGUGCCGAGGUCCUGGCGAUUUGGGCGGUCACGAGGUGGGUCUGCUCCGCUAUGAUGACCUCUGCGAUGGACAGUGGGCCAGCAUGUUGUCCCUUUCACCGCGACUUCCGGUUCGAAAGCAUCAGAUAUCCACGCCGAUGAACUACACAGACUACUUCAAUCUGUAUCUGAAGCACAUCUACAAUCGCACCACCGACGAGGAGCUCAAGGAGGCCGAUAUAACCAGCGUGGCCAUAAAGAAAGUUCACAACUAAAAUAAAAUAAGGAAACAAGAGCUAAAAAUGAGUAUUUAAACAUUUAAACUUUUAUAAACUCCCUAUAU